AUGAAACUGGACAUCGAUGUGCUGGCCUCUACUAGCAUCAAGCGCAAGAAGCCAUGGCCCCAGAUUGUGUGGGCGGGGGAGAAGGAGAGUCUGUUCCUCCUUGACAUUGGGCGUAUCAGUGUACUGUAUGUGCCAUCAGGAAAGACAAAGAGGAAGGUGCCAUCAUUAUCUCCCCUUGUUGGGGAGGCAGUCCAUCUCACACAUACAAAGAAUGGUCUGUUCCUGGUGGGUCUUCAGCGGUCUGGAGAUCUGUUUGUAUGGCACAAAGACAGGGACAUCCUGAAGAUGGUGACGGGACUUGUGAACCUUGUCUCCAUAGAUAAACUCAAACCAGGCACCAGCAAGUUGGUUGUGGCUGAUGACUGUUCCAAGGCUCUGGUAGUUGUCAACUGGUCUCAAAUCUUCCUCUGGCAGCAAGACCCUAGUGAUAGUUUUGGGUCCACCAAAUCAGCCACACUAUCAGGGAAAUGGACACGUGUGGACGUCCCGAACAAGAUUCCCCUGGCGACACCUGAAUGCCGAGAGACCAGUGUGACAGCCAUCUUCUACUCCAGCCAGGUUCUUGGUGAGUGCUGCCAGUGUUCGCUGACCUACAACAAUGCAGACAAGCUGUGUGUCACCACAGUGUUGUUGAGAUUCUCAGAGUUUCACAACAUAUACAAAGACAGUGUUCCAAGUUACCACACAGAGUGGAGCUGCAUUGAGUACCCUGUACAGAACAUUAGCAUUGGCUGUCAGCCAAUCAAGACGAAGGGAGCCUAUGUCACAUGCUACUCACAUGAUGGUCAGGUGAUAGCCGUAGCAGCCAAUCAGAUACGUCCGUCUGACACAAGUCUCCUGUUCUUGUCGCCACUGACUGAGACUGUCCUUGUGUCAGAAAUGAAGGACUGUGGCAUCCAGAACGCUGACCGGAAGUCUGGCAGCUGCUACUGGGUGUCCUCGAUGUCCUGGACCUGUGACAAUCUGUUUCUUGCAUGUAUUCUACGGAAUGGUUCCAUUUGUCUGGUGUCUCGGCUAGAGCCAAUCACCAUACAGACGUCAGGCAACUCCAUUGACCUUGGUCCAUCUCGCUUCAUCCCAAUACACCCCGUCAUCAGAGUUCAACAAGAUGGUGAAACUGAGCCAGUGCUGGACGAACACGGAGAUGAUCCCCUACAGCAGAUAUUCUCAGUGUCCACACACCCCUCCCUUCCCAUCAUCCUCUUCACAGAUGGUUACAUGGUGACUGUGGUCCAACUGCCAUGUGACACAAGAUGCAUGGCCUUCAUGCGUGACCUUGUCUUUGAGUCAUCAAAACAUCUGAAAUGGAUACAGGACCAAGAAGGAAUUGACUUGACUCUAGCAAUCCCGUAUAACCUACCUGUUGACAAAGCUGAACAAGAAAGAAUGGCAAAUAGGAAGAGGGAGAGAAUGUUAGCGGAGUCAAGAUCAAAACCUCAAAGAUUGAAAAAUUUACGUUACAGUUUUGAAGAUUUGACAGGAUCUUUGAAUGACACUCAGGACAGUGAGGUCAGUGUGGUUUUAGAUGAUGGCUUUGGUCAGUUUGGUGCUAUGCAGAACCUCAGCUCUGGGAAGAUCAUGUUCGGUGAGCCUGAGAUGAUGCUGGCAACGGUUGACUCUUCAUAUCUCAGCAUGGCAGAACAGGAGGCUGUAGCUAAGCGAAUGCAGGCGGCAAAAGUCGCUCUGUUCAUGUCAUGGAAGCUUGCUGCAUCACACAGCGACAUCUGGACAUCCGAGUUGGACCGUGUAGCUAAGUCGAUCGCACAGAACAUGAUCAAGAUGUUUUCCCUCAUCCUGAACUGUCAGCCUGUCAGUGAAAUGAUAAAUCCAUCCAUCCAAUCUCCGGCCAUCCAGAACGGCGGCUUGUUCCAGGUGAUGACGAUGUAUCGGCAGAUGCUGGACCUGUUGCAGUUUGAUGUGCUCCACCAGCACCUCACCCCAGUCUCCCUCCAGCUCAUGCACCACACGGCCAAGCUUGUUCUAGAAAGUCCGGGUCUAGACCAGCUCGAUCCUAGACUGAAGACCUUGUCAGGAUGUUACACGCUGCUCAGGUUCUCAGAGAAGACGUUCAACAAGACCUAUGUGUGGCUUCCCAAGUCGGUGUCCUCCAAGCCUUUCACUCCUCGGUCGGGGCUAGGAGGGACUGAUCAGUAUCAGCAGGGGAGGAUUGAUGGGGUGGACAACACUGCAGCAUCCCAGCUCCUGUCUAAGAGACUGUCAGCCUCCUGGAUGAUGCUGUACAAGAACCUGGUACACUUCCAGACCCACCAGUGUCAGGGUGAGGCUGAAUACAGACAGGCCCAGAACAUCAUGUGUCAGAUCCAGGAGACCAUGCAGCAUAUGGAGACACCCAUACCCCAGCAGCUGUCCCCAGGAUCAGUCAUGGUGAGUCACCCAUACCCCAGCAGCUGUCCCCAGGAUCAGUCAUGCUGUCCCCAGGAUCCAGUCACCCAUACCCCAGCAGCUGUCCCCAGGAUCAGUCAUGGUGAGUCACCCAUACCCCAGCAGCUGUCUCCAGGAUCAGUCAUGGUGAUCAGAUCAUGCUGUCACCCAGGAUCAACCAUGGUGAGUCACCCAUACCCCAGCAGCUGUCUCCCAGGAUCAGUCAUGGUGAGUCACCCAUCCCCAGCAGCUGUCCCCAGGAUCAGUCAUGGUGAGUCACUCAUACCCCAGCAGCUGUCCCCCAGGAUCAGUCAUGGUGACAAACACAGCCUUGAUGGCCACCACACACAGGCUGUGAAUGCAUGGAGCAAGCAGCUCAAGGCUAUCGGAGCCAAGGAGGACAGUAACAAGGCUGCCCGACUGCUACACUCUCUGCUGUAUACAUACCUGAUACGAGGGGAACUACUCACCGCCGUCGACUUUGUAGACAGCCUCAUUCUGAGAGCCAAUGUCCCAGUAGGAGUGGACCCUGAGCACUUGAACAGGACAACAUCCUCGGAUAGUAGACUGCCCCUGAUGACCAUAGUGGCCAGUACUCUCAAAACACUGGCAUUUGACAGUCCAGACAUGGUUCCGUGUAUCCGGGACAAGAGUAUCCGGCAGCUGGUACAGACCAUGGCACGCUUCAUGGCAGCGUACUUCUCCAACCAGACAGUUUACGUCUUCCCUCCCCACAACCCACAGCCUCUACCUGCCAUCCACUUCCAUGCAGCUGUUGUCAACAAUCGGAUAAUUCCUCAGUACCACGAGGACAUCACAGGAGUCAUCAGGGAGCACAAGCUGGGCAGUGUGUGGACGGUGGAGCGCACUCUGGAGUAUCUGCUGCUCAGUGGACUGGCCUGCGAGGCCACAUGGUUUGCCGACAAGAUGGGAGACUGGAAGGCUGCGUUCUUGAUGGCUGUUGGAUGUGUUCAGCACCAUUUCACAGCCCCCAAAGUCUAUGAGAAAAAGCGGAAACCACUGACACUUCCAGAUUCCCUGUUGCCUGGCAACAUAUUAGAGAGGAAGCUUGGCAUACUUCUGGGAGAGACAGCAAGCGAGGCAAUGAGCAAGUCUCGGCAGCUCACACAAGACUACAUUGCUAUCGAUGAGGAGACAAACUUGAAACUCCUGACAAAGACUCUGGAAGAUAUCCUGACUGGGGCCAUGGUUGGGAGGGUUGAUGUCUUGCCAGGGUUACUGAAGACUCUCGUGGAGAAACUGAAGAGUGUUGUGUCAGAGUUGCCUCCCCUUGUUCCAAAGGAUUUCUACCUACCUGCCCCGCCCCUCUACUGCCCUCAGCCUUCAGCUACAAGCCACGAGUCCAUGAGGUCCGCAGUGGGGCUGGAGAUGGUACUGCGGAGGAAGGCAGCAUCUCUCAUCCAGCUGAUGCUGAGUUUCCUGCAGGCCAGUCAUCUCUCCCUACAUGUCACACACUGGUAUAUCGUCCGACUCCUACAGGCACAGCACAAGGCCACACAGUUCAAGGCCAACACUGAAGGACCGUGUACAGAGCUGCCAGAGUUCCUCAGUGGACUGUUGGACAAUUUGUCAUCGGAGCUAAACUUGGAGGAACAUGAAGAUGUAGAAUCAGUGCAGCUGGUGCUGUCAGCUUUCCGUGACGUCUGCUCCAUGGUGUGGAUGCUCCACGCCCGAGACAAGCUCUCCCUAUGUCUGCGCCAGAGGCAGAAGUACCUGGACCAGCUCAGCUUCCGUGGACAGGGCAAGGAGAAUGGGUCUGAGCGAUGGCUACAGGAGUGUUUCACCAACCUGCAGUGGGCUGUCCACCUCCUGGCUUUCAGCCGCUUCUUGCCAGACGAGGGAUGUGUGUACAAGGUCGUCCUUUCUCUCCUGCUAGAGCUUCCUCCUUCAGAAGACACAGCAGACAUCUUAGCUGAGUAUUUCUAUGACAUGGAGAACCUUGACGCUGAGGUGCAGGAGAAGGUGGACAAGAUCCUGCAUGAGUGGCAGACGGUCAUUGUCAAGCCUGAGGAUGAUGGGAGAUCAGCUAAAGUAGAUGCUGAUGUAGACGAAGAUGAUCCAACUGAUGGAAGGAAAUCAGUCACAUUCUACCGAGCAUCUCCUCGUGGAAAGUCUCUGUCUGCAUAUUUUCACAAGCAGUGUCAAGUUGCCGGAAAAGUUUUGAAGAAAAGGAGAAUAUGUUUUGGGAAUUAUGAUGAGUUUGUUUUUACAAAUUCAUCAAAAUCUUCAGACCUGAAUAUUGGUUCCAGGCCAUUUGAGACAAAGAGAUAUUUCAUUGAGUUCAUGGACACUUUCUGUUCUGUCAGCUUUGGCCGUCUUGUGGAAUCAGAAUUAGAGAAACAUAUUCAGAAGAGAUACCCUGUAUUGUUGCCAUGGGCAGAAGUUAUCAUGAGCAGAGAAAUGACAACUUUUCUUGAAAGAUCAUCUCAUGGAAACAAGAAACAUUCACUUGUUGUACUGACACCGCGAGAUGGCUCAGUCGAAACUCUGCCUAGAGGGAAGGACAGUUCAGUUUACCGGAGGAAAGGUUCUGUAGGAGACAGCGACCAUAUGCGGCUGAUGAAAGCUAAAGGUCUCUUCCGAAGUAAGAGUGUGGUUGAAAUGGGCUCAUCAGAUAAACCUUCUUCUCCAGUCCGGAGGUAUGAAAGUGAGAAUGGUAUUGAUGAGUUAGUAGGAACACCAGCUCGAUCCUCAAGACAAGGCAGCCAACAGAACCUGUCAGAGUUGGCAUCAAGAUUUUAUCAGUCUGAAGAGGCGUUGUACCAUCAGGAAGAUAACGAUCAUUUCUGGACCCUGAACGUCAACUUUGGCCGUCGCUAUACGCCUCUGAAGAAUCAGUUAGAAUGGCUGGAGAAUUGGAGCAAGAAGCCGCACUCUCUGGGUCUUGGGAAGAAGGAGACUCAUUUUGAUCUGAAACCCACCAUGAAGAUAUCAAUCCCUGCCCACCUCAUCCUUCUGUCUCUGUGGCUCCUGGAGAACAAAUACACUGCGAACCAACAACCGCUUCACCUUUCAGAACUGGAAGAUACAAAGGCUGGAGGUCACAGGUCAAGGAGCAGACGACGCUUAACAGACAAUUUAGCGUUCAACAACAACGCUUCCAGUCCCCCAGGUGGCAUGACAAGAUCAUCUGUGUCCCCUAGGGGUAAAAGCCCCUCCAGAGAGUCCCUGGGGCUGAGGACAUUGAGUCAGUCCCCUCAAGGUCGGGAUGGAGAGUUGAAGUCUUCAGCAGUUCUGGAUGUAGAGAAUAUGAAUGAAAUAUACAAGCAAGUCCUUGAUAGCCGUGAUGACAGCAGCUCUAUUGAUGUGAGUUCUCUGGCCAGUGAUGAGCUGGAUGGGGGACAUCUCUCCAUCAUCAAGGGCACUGGCAGCCCUCAGAGAGGCAGUGUGUCCCUGUUGAACAGAACCAUCCAGCUACCUGCACAGUCCCCGCAGCAGCCACUCAACUCCUCCCUCAACAGGACCUCCUCCUCCAGGGGCUCACACAGGGGAGGUAACUCCCGGAGUCCCAGGCAGAGCCCCAGCAGCACCACCAGGAGUCGGAAGGUCCGGUCUCCAAGCCCUGCCUUGAGGGAGUCGGAGAGUGCACGACAUAGCGGAGGGUCGGCUGUCAGUGGCGAUCUGGCCUCACAGCUGCAGAACAUUGUGCGGUCAGAGAUGAGGAGGAUAAUGGAGGUUCAACACCGGAGCUUGAUGGCGAUGAUGGGGGCUAUUGAUGGUCCCGAUGUUGAGAGCCAUCCCAUCACACCUCAACACCAAGCUCCAUCCCACAGAGGUCAUGAUCUUCACCGCUCACAGCAACCACCAAUAAGAGGGGUGCUGAGAGAGAUGCGGAACUUGAGGACAACAACAGAACGCUCCCAACUUGGGCUUUCACCAGGGAAGGAGAAUUCUCUGCCACUUGGUAUAUCUGACUUGAGACAUUCUGCUGAUUCUUCCUUUCCCAAAUUCCUGCGAAUACCAGCAGAAAGAGAUAUGAACGAUGGCUUCAAACUACCUCACAUCCCCAUGUCAGCAUGGAAUGAUCCAAACCAACAGCAUGACAAGGGAGUUCCACAAAUGCCAUUACUUCAUCUCAAUCAGGCUCCAUCCAGUUUCCUACAAAAAACUCGGGUCAGUUCCCCAUCCAUCCCCCACCAUAUGAUCACGCUUCAUCCGAUCAGUUCCCUUCAUCUCAACAUGGCCACCUCGGGAUGCUUGAACAUCGGACAGACACCAGGGUUUGGCCGUUUGGUCCCUCCAGAGUAUGUGAUUGGUCACCAUCAGGAGGUUCACCAGAGGGAGCUGGAAAAGCAGCGCCACCUUGAGGAGUUUCACAGACAGUACAUCAAGGAGCAGACGGAGAUGGACAAGCAGCGGUUCGGCCAGCAGCUUCUGAGUGUGAAGACGCAGCGAGCUCAGGAGGGCCAUGUAUUAAAGAAAAGUCCAAGAAGAAUCAGGAAAGUCAAGUCUCCCCCAGAAAAGCCAGCUGCUCAAAGUGUUGGCCGUGAAGAGUUGAGUCCAGAGAGACAGAUGGAGAAGACGGAGGAGAAGAUGGAGGAGAAACCGCAGCAGGAGGAGGUGGAGAAAGAAGAAGAGGAGGAGAGUGUUGAUACAGAGGAGGAAGAAAGUGGGCAGGAGAUUGAUGAUGGAUAUGCACUGAGGCCUGGUGCCUUUGAUGCUUACCUGCACCUCGGCCGGGCUCUGGGAGUGAGGGACGACUCGGCUGCUGGCUUCCAGUACCAGCUGGCCAUGAAGAUGAAGGAACAACAGACCAGGAGGCGGAGGAAGGUUGACUUUGCCACCAUGACGAAAGAGUUGGUUGAUGGGGAGAUGUUGACAGACCCGGCUAUGGAGGUUGUACGCACAGCAGAGGCAGCCACAUCGAUAACAAGGGAUACAGGUGUUGACCCAAUCCAGGAGGCCCUGAUUGAGUAUAACCAAGCCAUGCAAGGGACGGUCGUGCCACCCGAUGUUUUCCUAGGGCUCCGGUUCCGAGAUGAAGAGCCUCAGCCAGGAUCAGAAGGGGCUCCUGCAGAGAAGGGCCCAGGUCGUUCCUAUCUAAACGUGGUGGACAUUCGAGCAUCUGCUGUGAUGAGAGAUCUGAAUGAGAGAUCGGCUGAGGAGAGGAUACAGCCCGACGUCAGCCUCAAACCUUCCUCCAUCUCGGCUACUGCAGCACGCAGAAUGGGCCAGACUAUGGAUGCUGUGGAGCAAGGUCUGCGGGAGGACCUGGAACCACCUCGGCGGUACCACCAUGAUGCCGUCACCGUCCGAAUGUUUGAGUCUCGGCAGGCUGGGGAAGACAGUGUGUCUGUUGCCCUGAUGCCGAGAGGAAGUAUGAGGGAGUCAAAGGUGGCCAUGAUCCGACGACUUCGAGAAAUGAAUGAGCAGAUGCGAGCUAUAGACGAGAUGUCCAACAACAUGGAGUCAGACUUCAUGAACACCCAUCUUAUGCUCAACACACUGGAUGCAAUGGUGGAUGCUGCUCAUCCUUCAGCUCAAAGGGAGGUAACUUCAGAUUCAAGAAGUUCAUCACCACUAAGAGAUUCCAAAGAGGGACGUGUAUCAGGCAGACUGACACCAAAGUCUUCCCAGAGGUCUCCUCAGCCGAGUGCCAGAUCGGUACGGUCCAAGAAGUCAACUAGAACAAGUGCUGAUGCAAGUCACAUGUCUGGUCUAAGUGGCAUCAGCGACAUCAUCGGUGAGGUCAUCGCCGGUGGUGGUGUUGACCUUGCUGAGGCUGGAAUAACCACUGCAGAGGCUGAGAUGUUGGCUUACAAAGCCAAAGGGAGAAGCGCUGCAGUGGAUGAGAGGGUACGCAUGAGUGUGGAGAAGCUGCAGCAGAUGGUGACACAGGCGCACGGGAAUGCCAACCAGGAUGAAGCUGAACGCCGGAGGGAGCUGCAGGACUGGAUGGCAGAGAAGUACUCGGAGAGGCAGCAGGAGUUCCUCAGACAGAGAGCUGAGUUACGGGAGAGAGAAGUCAGCCCAUUCAAACCCAGCAAUCUUGUUCCAGAGGCAACACUAAGGAGCAGAGCACUUCAAGAAGCAGAGAAGGAGCGGACAGCCUUCAGGAAGAACACUGGCAAGGAGAACAUGGAAAGACGAUUUGAAGAAGCUGAAAUGCUUCUUGGAGAUAUUUUGGUUGACAAGCCACACCUUCCCAAAGAACAGCCUUCACGGAAAGCUCCACGAAAAGUUUCACCCAAGCGGACAUCCUCCCUGUCACCAAAGCGUCCUUCAACUCUGACCCCCAAAAUUAAGAGGAAGACUUCUCCACCAAGGGCAGGACAGAGGGUGCUUCAACCAACGCUGACCGAUGCAAGUCCAACCAUGUCACUUAGGUCCAGGAACCUGGAGAGAACAAGGGUGAUUCAAACUGACCUCAGGAGGAGCAGAAGUCCUGAUAGUCCCACGAGGAAGGGAAUCCUGAAGACUUCUGACAACUUUGAGGAACGACCUGGACGUCGGGAUGAUGUUCUCACCUUCUCGGAAGAACUGUUGUUGGAGCAAGGACUUGAUUCAGACUUUGACCGAACAGGAGGUUCCACAGCAGAUCUCCUGAGUUACGCUCGGCAUGUGGAGGAAAUGGAUGACAAGCCUCUGCCCUUUGAGCGCUACAGCAAGGACCCCACAUCAGAACCUAAGAAGGACAACGUCCCAGUGAAGCCCUACAAGCCUAAAUCCUUCUCCGAGCUGGUGAGGCUGCAGCAACCGGAGAAGCUCCGUAAGAGGUCCAGUGAAGAGGUCGGGGCCCAGCUACGUGGAGAGGCUGUCCAGUAUGAGCCGACAGAACACAGCACGAGACUCCACAACCGAGGAGAAGGAGAGGCUAGAUGUUCUAAACACAUCCCUGGCACAGCACGGAAGGCAGACACGGGACCACGGCGGGUAAAGACGUACGCAGAGCGUCUCCAGGAGAUGAAGCCACGGAGGCAGUACUCUACACCUGUUGUCCCUAGACAACAUGUUCCCGAGUCAGGAGGAAAGACAGUGACCAUCCAACCUCGUACAAUCAUGAAGGCAAGAAAGCCGGCACAUCCUGCCAAAAACUAUGUGGAACAGUUACAGGACAUCAAUGCUCAAGCUCCAGAAACUCUCAGACGAGCAGCCCAAAGUCGCAGAUACCCAACUGGCAGGGGUGCGACUCGGCCCCGUCCAUACGGCACCCCCUACAGGUCAAUGGAGGAAGAUAUAGCGGAGGGAUGGGAGGCAAGGUCUGAGGUCAGUGACUGGGUCAUGGAGGACGAUGUCCGACAGUUGCUGUAUGCAGAUGAUGACCCAUCUGUUGUCUACACGGUUGGAGGAACAGCCUCAGCCUUAGACUACCCGAUGUCUGAUGGCCGGUCCGACUACUACAAUGAAGUGAUGGGUGAGGACGACUACCUCUACACCAACUCUGUUGAUGUUGACGAGAUAUGGGACAUUGCUGAUGCUGCAUCGAUCGGAAGUGGUAGCGUGGCCAGUGUCAUAGACUGGGAUGCAGUGGAUAGACUUAUUGCAGAUGAAGAUGACAUCUAGUACUGAUGCUGCAUCGAUCGGAAGUGGUAGCGUGGCCAGUGUCAUAGACUGGGAUGCAGUGGAUAGACUUAUUGCAGAUGAAGAUGACAUCUAGUACUGAUGCUGCAUGCACUGAUGAGGCAUCCCACUAAGUAUAUGAUACAAGGCAACACAGUGAUGGCUAUAGGUUAUGGAUGAUGAGGGAAUUUCAUCAAUUACAUAAUUAAACAUUUGUUUUGAAGAUUGGUCUGAGCAUUAGAAGACUUUAAUGACACACAAUGAUAUUUGCUGUUUGCAUGCAAAUUAUUGAAACUGAAGAUAAUGUAGAUGUUAAUUGUUCAGUCAAUAAUUAUAUCAUGUUGCAUUAUUCCAAUGUGUCUUGCACUUGUGAUGUGGGUACGUCUGUUCCUGUGGGUACGUCUUUUCCUGUGUGUACGUCUUUUCCUGGGGGUACUUCUAUGCCUGUGCAACCUCACUUAGUUGCCAGCUCCAAUGUAUUCUACACUAAUCCUGUUUUUCUUUUCAUCCUGUGGGGCUGCCAUUCAUCCUACGGGUGCUCCUGUCACUGUGUCUGGUUCUAAUCCUGUGGAUUCUGAACAUGUUCACCAGAGGCUUCUUUUCAUGUAGAUGCUUUUGUUCCAUUCAUCCUAUUAUUCACUAGUAUUCCUGGAAAGCUUUUAGCCCUGUUGAACCUCCAGUUAAAUUGUGGAUAUUAUUUUUCUAUUAAUUCUCUGGGUUCUCAAGUAUUUCUGUGGAGGCCCAUAAUCUUGUGGGUCUGACACUAUUCCAGUACAUCUUCAACUGAUCCUGUGGAGCCACUGCUCCUUAAGAUCUCCUCGUCAUCUCUGUUUCCUCUUGUUGUCCUUACAGGUGAUAGUUUUGACCUCAGUUUGUUGUCUGUGAUAUCAUUUUAUUUAUUUAUCCGUUUAUUUAGAUAUUGUACACAAUAUGUUUUUUUAGUAUUUAUGGGCAGUAAGUCUCUAUGUAUGUACAUGAUGUAAAUGCAGCAACAGUCACUAGUGAGAGAAAGUGACUGGAAAUAGUGAUAGCUUUAUCAGUGAUUCCAUCCCGACAUUUGUCACUUCUUUUAUACAAGAGAAAUAAAAUACACAUACAUUUA